GCUGAUGACGUCACACCGGGCGCGCCGGUGGCGGGGCCGGGAUGCACCGGCGGGGGGUGGGCGCGGGCGCCAUCGCCCGGAGGAAACUCACCGAGAUGUCCCAGCAAUUGGCCACGUUCCGCACUCACCUGGAGGCGUUCGCGGCCAAACACAAACACGGGAUCCGCCGCAGCCCCGAGUUCCGCGUGCACUUCCAGGACAUGUGCGCCACCAUCGGCGUGGACCCGCUGGCAUCCGGUAAAGGGUUUUGGUCGGAGCUUUUGGGAUUUGGGGAUUUUUACUACGAGCUCGGGGUGCAGAUCAUCGAGGUGUGCCUGGCCCUAAAGCACCGCAACGGAGGUCUGAUCACGCUGGAGGAGCUGCAGCAGCAGGUGCUGAAGGGAAGAGGGAAAUUGGCUCAGGAUGUCAGCCAGGACGAUCUCCUCCGUGCCAUAAAGAAGCUGAAGGUUUUGGGCAGCGGAUUUGGGGUGAUCCCGGUGGGGGGAACGUUCCUGGUGCAGUCGGUGCCGGCCGAGCUCAACAUGGACCACACCGUGGUGCUGCAGCUGGCCGAGACCAAGGGGUUUGUGACGCUCAGCGAGAUCCGGCAGAGCCUGGGCUGGGAGAGCGAGAGAGCGGAGCAGGUGCUGGAUCACCUGCUGAGGGAGGGCAUGGCCUGGUUGGACUCUCAGGCCCCGCAGGAGCCGCAGUUUUGGUUUCCGGCGCUUUUCUCGGAGCUGCAUUCGCACCACAGCCCCCCCUGAAUCCCAAAAAACC